AUGGCAGAGCAUCCGGGUACCUGGGUGACCCUGGCAGCUGCCACCACUUCAGAAGACCAUCUGGAGCAGAUAAGGAAUAUGCCGGCAUUUGCUACUGAUGUGUCAACACCACAGGAAGACUUCUUUAGCAUUACAGUCUAUCUCCCCAUGCCAGACGGGUGCAAGAACGCAACCUACCAGCUCAGAAGAAACAAAGAAAAUGGAAAAUAUAUCUUCAAAUCUGGUGAUACAACGGUGAUAGUGGAAUCGGUGAAGGUCAAAGGCAACUUCGUCAUUACAACCAUCAGCGUGGUGGACGCAGACAACAAAUCCAAAACCACAAUGCUUCACAGCAAGGAAGUAACUCAGGAUCCAGAGAUAAAGCAGAAAUUUGAAGACGAAUGCAAAAGUCUCGGCUACAGAAAGGAUCAGAUUGUCUUUUUAAAACCAUAUGGUGAUACAACGGUGAUAGUGGAAUCGGUGAAGGUCAAAGGCAACUUCGUCAUUACAACCAUCAGCGUGGUGGACGCAGACAACAAAUCCAAAACCACAAUGCUUCACAGCAAGGAAGUAACUCAGGAUCCAGAGAUAAAGCAGAAAUUUGAAGACGAAUGCAAAAGUCUCGGCUACAGAAAGGAUCAGAUUGUCUUUUUAAAACCAUAUGGUAAGAUUGUCGGGCGUUGGUACCCCGUGGCAAACAUCUUUAUUGAAAAACAGUUCCCCGCAUACACGCUCAGUGCCAGCGGGAAUGGAGGCCUCCUCUACUCCUUUAAGUACCUCCAGUAA